AAAAAAAAAUUAAAUAAAUAAUUAAAAUAUAACAAAUUAUUUUGGACUUGGGUCUCCCUCAUUCCAAGCCCACAAGUCCACGAAAAUCAGCUAUAAAUAUAAGAGUUUCAGUAGGGUUUCAGACACUUGGAAAUUCCCUGAGAAAUAGACUUGGAGUUCACGUGGAGUUUCAAACCUAGGAACUACUCUGCAGCAACCUUCGGGCAGCCCUGAGAAGUUCAUUCCGCCUCACGCAAACCCUAAACGUUACUUCGCCAAUCCGGCCUUGCCUUCCAAUUUUAACAGGUCUCUCAUCAGGUAUGCCUCUGUUCCUAUUACUCUAUGCCUCGGGUUGAAUACUGAAUAUAUGAGGUAACCUCAGGCUUGGCCCUCAGGGUUAUAUUUGUGUAUGAAUAUGUGAUUUAUGCCUUGACUGUUUAACAGUUUCGUUUAUGAGGUGAAUGCCAUAGGAUCUGGAAUCUUUAACAUCGUGCAGGUACCAAUGGGAAAUCCAAAUCCCGCAGGUGCUCGCUAGCCGCUUCGCUAGGCGAGCACGCAGCGAAGCUUCGCUAGGCUUUCGCUAGGCGAAGCAGUCGCGAAUGUGACAGUAUCUGCUUUAUUCCGUUUUGUUCUAACCUGUUCUUUGUGUUGCCAUGGCCUUGUUAUCUUUUGAUUUCAAUCCUGUUUGCCUAACCCCUUUUGUUGAGUUUUUGUGAGGGCUCACAUAUUCUCGCAGGGAUACCCUCCGGAGGUUUAUUCCGAUUUCCCGUACUGAUUGGUUUUCUUUGAUGGCAUCAGCUUGGGAGAAUCUCAGGGUUGCUUAUCCUUUAAUUGCUGUAACUUCGGAUCUUGAUCCGUGUGCAGGAUAGCUGACUCAGGCAUUCACCGAUACGGUACCCGGAGGAAUCAACAGAGAGCAAUGGAAGGUGUACAAGCAGAGCUCGCUGAGAUGAGGGCCCGCAUGACCCAAUUCAUGGAUGUGGUUCAAGGGGUGGCUCAGGGACAACAAGAGCUCAGGCAGAUAAUACAGGGGAAUCCCCCUGCUCAACCAGAGACAGUGACUGAUCCUCCGGCUGGAGAGGUUAACGGACCCAGUGGACCAGGGCCUAUCCCGAUCCCGCACGCCAACCCCGGUCAACAGCCCGUUCAUGAUGAUCAGGACGAUCAGUUUCCCCCACUUCAGGAAGACUUUGGCAUGGGUCAUGGCGUAGACCCCAUGUUCAGGAGAUUGGAAGAGAGGUUGAAGGCAGUGGAAGGACAGAAUCCUUUGGGAGUAGACGUUGCUGACUUAGGGCUGGUCCCAGGUGUGAGAGUGCCACCGAAAUUCAAAGUCCCGGUCUUUGACAAGUACAAGGGCAACUCUUGCCCCAAGACUCACGUGCAAGCCUAUUUCCGUAAAAUGGUUGCAUACUCUGAUGACGAGAAACUACUUAUGUACUUCUUCCAGGACAGCCUAGCUGGGGCAUCCUUGGAAUGGUAUAUGAGACUGGACAGAGCCCACAUCCGUUGCUGGAGGGAUUUGGCGGAGGCCUUCGUGAAGCAGUAUCAGUAUAAUGCAGACAUGGCUCCGGACAGAACUCAACUUCAGAAUCUGUCUCUUAAAAGCAAUGAGUGCUUCAGGGAAUACGCUCAACGCUGGAGGGAGACAGCUUCCCGUGUUCAGCCCCCUAUGCUGGAGAAAGAAAUGGCCAACAUGUUCAUGAAUACGUUGCCUGGACCUUAUCUGGAGCGCCUGGUGGGGUGCAAUGCUUCCAACUUUGCUGAUGUGGUCUCUACCGGAGAGAGGGUGGAGAAUUACCUGAAGACCUGCAAGAUCCAAAGUGGAGGAGGAUCUUCGUCAGGGGUAAAAAAGUCGUUCGUUGGAGGACAUAAGCAAAGAGAGGGGGGAGUGAAUUCUUUGGCUUCCUAUCAGAACAGAGGUGCUAGAAGGAAUAAUUUUCAGAAUUAUCAUCAACAACCGUAUGUUGCGACGGUGACCAUUCCAGCUGCAGCGCCACUACAACAACAACCACCGCAGCGUCAACCAGCUCAGUAUCAACAGCAGCAACAACCGGGUAACAGACCCGCUUAUCAACAGAGACAAAGGAUGAUGGACCGGCGUUUCGACACUAUUCCAAUGUCGUACGCCCAGUUGCUUUCUAGUCUUCAACAACUACAGCUUGUGCAACUGCGCACUCUGGCUCCUCCUGUUGGUAGACUUCCGGUGGGUUACGACGCCAACGCUAGGUGUAGCUUCCACUCUGGGGCACCUGGCCACAAUAUUGAGAACUGCAAAGCUUUUAAGCACGUAGUUCAGGACCUCAUAGAUUCAAAGGCCAUCGACCUUGCACCGGCUCCGAAUGUCGUUAACAAUCCCAUGCCCCAGCAUGGUGGUGCGAAUGUUAACAUGGUAGAGGGAAGAGCCAAGUUCAUUAAGGAUGUGUUGAAGUUGAAGACUCCGGUGUCGGAUAUCAAAGGAUGCUUGCUGAAGGCCGAUGUUUUCCCCGGUUGUGGGAAAGUUUGUUUGGAUUGUGCUGCACAGGAGAAGGGUUGUUUGAAACUACAGCAAGGUAUCCAGGCCUUGCUCGACAAGGGUAUCCUCCAGGUUGAAGAUUUGUCUGUCCGAGAGUUUAUGGAAGGGGUUGAGGAAGAAGGGUUUGAAGGUGCUACUGAAGAGUUCCUAGAUGUUGUUCCUGCUGAUUCUGCAGUCCAUGAUGAUGUAUUUACUCUUUCCAAUACGGUUGACUCUUUGUAUUUGAACUUGAUUCCGAUGUUUCGGAUGUUCAUGCUCCAACAAAUGAGGUUUCUGAGUACGACUGUGACAUUGCAACUAUAACUAUUUUCUAUCCAACUAAUCAGAUCAGUGUGCCAGAAGCG